AAUUGGCGAGGCUGGUCGGCGGAGGAGCACCGGCCAAUUCCGAGGGAGAUAUGCGGCUCGCCGGCUGCUUCCAUUUGUGCUCCACGCCGCCGCUUGCGUUCAUUGUACUCAAUUUGAGGAAUUAACGCGUUAUUUGGGGAAAUAACUCCUUAUUUUGGAAGUCCGGAGGAGAUUAUCAAAGCCAGCGUGAAAUUGAGAGCUAUACAUAAGUUUCCAAUCCGGCAGAGGAACGAGGCACGCAGGGUCCUUAGCGGUCUCUUAGGAAGCCAUGCCCUCAGUGAUGGAGCGCUCCGGGGCCGGCGUCCUAUCCAGGAGCCGAGCCAAGACCGUAACCAAUGGCAAUAGCCAGCCACAUUCCGAGGAGGAGAGCAGCGAUGAGGAGCACGCUCACGACAGCAUGAUUCGAGUGGGAGGAGACUACCAGGCCCAGAUCCCAGAGUUUAAACCAGAUAGCCCGGCGCGUUACGAUGAGAAGGACCAAAGGAGCAUGUUGGUCUGGUGUCCCAACGGACAGCUCUCGGAUGCAAUGCUGGAUGAAUACAUCCUGAUGGCGAAAGAAAAACACGGCUACAACAUGGAACAGGCGCUCGGCAUGUUGCUGUGGCACAAGCACGACGUGGAGCGCUCGCUGGCCGACUUGGCCAACUUUACGCCAUUCCCCGACGAGUGGACGGUGGAGGACAAAGUUCUGUUCGAGCAGGCCUUCAGCUUCCACGGGAAGAGCUUCCACCGCAUUCAGCAGAUGCUUCCAGAUAAGCUGAUAUCUAGCCUGGUGAAGUACUAUUACGGCUGGAAGAAGACGAGAACCAGAACCUCUGUCAUGGAUCGCCAGGCCAGGAGGCUGGUCAGCAAGAGAGAGAAAGAGGAUAGCAAUGAUGAGCUGGAGGAAGGAGAACCCGGCAGCGACAGUGACUUUGAGCUCGACGCCAAGAAGGAGGCAGCUAAACAGAACGCCAACAACACCACCUCGGACAAAGUCAUACCCGGUCGCUCCGGCCCGAUCAAGAAGGAAAACGUCGGGGCUCAGUAUCGCCACCACCCUCUCCGGGCGCGUCGCCGGCCGCCUAAGGGGAUGCACCUGGAGCAGGCCGACAUCACGUCUCUGUCCGCCUCGCAAGACUCCGGUGUGCUGACCAUAAGACAGCUGGACACGCAGCUGGUAUCACUCAAGCGACAGGUCCAAAGUAUUAAACAGAGCAACAGCAGUUUGAAACUGAGUCUCAAUGAAGGUGUUGACAGUUUCAGACCUAUUGAGCCCAACUCCAAGAUGAAUGCUCGUUGGACAACUGAGGAGCAAUUGCUAGCUGUGCAAGCAAUCCGCCGGUACGGCAAAGACUUCACAGCCAUCGCCGAAGUGAUUGGAAACAAGACGUCAGCUCAGGUGAGCUCGUUCUUCGUGAGCUACCGCCGCAGGUUCAACCUGGACGAAGUGCUGAGGGAGUGGGCCGCCGAGCAAGUGGCUACCCGGGACCUGAGGCGGAGCGGCGAUGAGAUGGUGGCCAUGAGUGAAGGAAGAGCAGAGGAGGAAGAGGUCAAGAUGGAAGACUCUUCUUCAGACGCCACCGGAAGCUCCUCGCCCCACUCCUCCAACCAGACGCCCUCGUCUCUCUCGCAGCCUCCCCCGCUGCUGCGCCCGGCGCCGCCCUCAGCCCCGCCGAGCCUACUGCGCCAGCCCCCGCCGCUGCAGACCCGUCCGCUGCAAAACCGGGCCCCUCACAACCACCCGCCGCCGCCCCUGAUUCGGCCCGCCGUCACCUCGUCCUCCGGAAGCCUGCGGGCUUCUCCACCCAGCUCCUCGCCCUCCGUCGCCAUGCAGGUGCCGCCGUCGCUGGUGGGCAUCAAAGUGGAACAGGCCAACUCUCACUAGGAAUGGUGAAACACGUGCACAAGGGUCGUAAAAGAUGGAAAUUUCCAUGGGAAGUGAUUUUGGAAAGAUUCCAAAUUGGAAACUUUUGACCACCAUUUUAAAAUGUACUUUUUCAGAAUUUGGCUCAAAUAGCAGCUCUAUUCACCUUAUCUUUCAUAGCCAAAUUUGUCGUUUCCCAUGGAAAGAUUCCCCCUUUGAGAAUUUGCGACUCUCAUCCACUAAAGUUUUCAGUGUCUUCUAAACACUGCGCUCCAAAAUGUCAGCUCUUAAGUGUUUGUACUAUAUCUGCACUGUCACACCUACCUCCAGACCACUUACGUUACAACACGAUUUAAUGGUUCCGAACACUACCUGUCGUUUAAACAGCUUUUGCGUUUUGACUUGAAUUCUCUCAUGUUUUCCUGGUAUGAACUGGAUUGAAAUGUGUGUGCUUGAUUUUUUUUCUUUAAUUUCAAACUAGAUUUUUACUAUGAAGUAUAGGGUAGAUGAUUGUUUAGGUUGUUAAUUAUUAUUGACAAAGCACUAAGGAGCCUUUUGCGUGCGACUUGAGUUGCGAGUCGUUUUACCUCGUCUCCUGCAACUCGCAACUUGUUCAGCCAAAGUCAGUUGUCGCUUUAAAAGCACAAACAAGGAAGGGGGUGGGGGGAACUGACCUUCUUAUGACAGCUGCUAAUAUGUUUUGAUAAAUGAACCUUAUCCAAAUUUUUCAGUGGUUUGGUGGCAUGUCAGGACUGACCGUAAAGUUGGGUUAAAAAAGUUUGCUGUCCACGAAGCUGGUUUGGUUUUUUUAAAUAAUGUGCAAGGAAAAGAAACCUGUAUUUUUGUUUUCACGUGAAAAGAAUAUUGUGUGUGCUGUAUGUGAGAAAUUGUUUACAUUUUUCUUUUCUAGAAUAAAGAAAUGUCCACACGGUUUCAACUUUUGCACAC